CGAAGAGAAGGAGAAAAACAAAGAUGGCGGACUGAUGCUGAGGCGGCGCCGGUCGGCUGCUUGGUGGUGGUGUGGAGGAGCGCGGCGCGGCCGUUUACCACGGAAAACACCCCGUAAAUCCCGGAGGAGCGGCUUCCGUUUAGGGCGGAGAGUUCGAACUGAGGAUGUCGGCGGUGGAGGAGAGGGAACCGGCGCCCGCGGCUUCCUCGGCUGGAGGCGGCGGGGCGGCGGCGGCCUCGGUCCCCCCGGACUCCCUCCAUCACGGCCCUCCCUCUAACCCGUCGCAGGAGACCAACCGGCCCGAGCUGGAGGAAGGGCCGAGCUCGAAAAAGCGGCCGCGGCUGGAGGCCGACUCGGCCUCGGGCUCGAGUUCGGCGGGGGCGGCGGCGGGCGGUGCCAAGGCGGCCAGCGAGAACAAGCUGGAGGAGAGGCUGUACUCGGUGCUGUGUUGCACCGUGUGCCUGGACCUGCCCAAGGCCUCCGUCUACCAGUGCACGAAUGGUCACUUGAUGUGUGCAGGCUGCUUCAUUCACCUGCUGGCUGAUGCCAGGCUGAAGGAGGAGCAGGCUACCUGCCCGAACUGCCGCUGCGAGAUCAGCAAGAGCCUGUGCUGCAGGAACCUGGCCGUGGAAAAGGCGGUGAGCGAGCUCCCCAGUGACUGCGGCUUCUGCCUCAAGCAGUUCCCACGCUCCAUUCUCGAGAGGCACCAGAAGGAGGACUGCCAGGACAGGGUGAUGCAGUGCAAGUAUAAACGGAUUGGGUGCCCGUGGCAGGGACCCUACCACGAGCUGACGGCUCACGAAGGCGAAUGUGGCCACCCCACCAAGACCGGCAAUGAGUUGAUGGAAAUCCUGGAUGAGAUGGACCAAAACCACAAGAAGGAGAUGCAGCUUUACAACAACAUCUUCAACCUGCUGAGCUUUGAGAAGAUAGGGUACACAGAAGUCCAGUUCCGGCCUUACCGAACGGAUGACUUUAUCACGCGGCUAUACUAUGAGACGCCCCGCUUCACCGUACUCAACCAGACGUGGGUGCUGAAGGCGCGUGUCAACGACUCGGAACGCAACCCCAACCUGUCCUGCAAGCGCACCCUCUCGUUUCAGCUGAUCCUCAAGAGCAAGGUCAACUCCCCAAUGGAAUGUUCCUUCCUGCUGCUCAAAGGUCCCUACGACGACGUCAAAAUCAACCCCGUCAUCUACCACUUCGCCUUCACCAACGAGAUGAACGAAACAGACUAUUUACCGUUGCCCAUCAUAGACUCGGUCGAAUGCAACAAACUGCUGGCGGCCAAAAACAUUAACCUGAGGCUCUUUAUAUUUCAGAUUCAGAAGUAGGAGCAGUGGGUGGGUUGUGGGGGUGUGGGGAAAAGGGUGGCAACUGAACGGAUUGGCAUCAUUGAACCAUAGUACCUCGAGAACACCUGUCAACACCAGUCUGAUGUUCAAAACACAAGGAGAAUCCUUCAGAAGGGACAAAAAUAACAAAUAUCUGCUCACUGCAUGUGAUCGUAACUACCCAAGACUUGAAACAGUUCAUGGAUUUGUUCAGUAGCCUUUGUAAGAUGGUUGUAGUGGUAGUGGGAGAGGGCAGCGUCGGAAUUGAGAAUCACUGUUGUGGUGAUGAGUGGUCAGAAUCUGUCUUCACGUGCCAACCAGUGGCCCUCCCUCCUCUACGUCCUGGCUAGUUCUCUGAAUGACCAACCACAGUUGGGUGUCGUUUCCCCUUCCAACACUCCUGUCCUCUCUCCUGUCCCCUUUCUCUGCUCCCUGCCCGCAGGAGAGUCUCCUCAGACCAAAAACAUUCCGCUGGCCAACUCCUACAAAGAUCGUCCCACUCACCAAUCCCACUUGUGUGAGGGAGACUGACGUGUGCUGGGUGGGUACGUAAACCCUAAGGAUGUAGACUCAGGAGAGAAUCACCUAGCUAAGCUGAGAAAUGCACAGAGGCUGAUCAGCUCCUCGUGAUCAUGCUGGCAGAGGAAUCCUGCUUCCAGCACUCAUCAAAGGUGAAGGUUUAGUACGUCCCAGCUACUGUUUAAAUGUGAUGAGGCUUUGCGCCAUCUCCGUCCUUACGGCCAGCAUUUUCCAGACCUCCACACCUGUAGCUUAUUGUCUAUUGAGUCCUUUUGUGUAUCAUCUUGAAUCUCAACUUGUGGAUUUCUCCCGUCUGGGUCACUCAGAUUUGACCAUAAUAGCAGUGGGCAUCCCAGGCUAUUCUGGUGGUCAUAUAGACCAAUAAACACCCUUGAUGACGAACGGUCCCCCCGCCUCCCCGGUCACACUGCUAGGGUGUGGCAACCACAGGGCAAAUGUACAGCAGCUGGUCUCAUUGAGAUCGCACACGAGGACUGCAACCAUGGCUAGUCUGCAAUCCGUGAAUGAGCACCUGUGAAAAAGCAAGUGACCUUCACCCUUGUGUGUUCAAAACAAUUUACAUCCAAUAUCUGUUACGCCGGUCUACGGCACACAACAGGCCAUCUGUCCCACCGAGGCUGUGUCAUCAUUUCUGCUUCCCUUCCACCGGCCUCUGCCCACCUCCGUUCAUCUCAACCCGGAAUCAAUCCUUCUACUCCCAGCCUCCCCAGAACCCCACGUGCCACACUCUCUCUCCCCGCUCUCCAAGGGUAGGGGGUAUUCUUGAAUCCCAGCUCAGCUUAUAGUCUGUCAUCUUAUAUUUAUGUUUUAUUGUAUUGGCCUCCCCACCGGUGGAAGCAGUUUUCCUGCAUAUGCCUUGUGAAACACCCUUCCCUAACCUCGAUGGCCGUCAUCAGGUCACCUUUUAACCCCCUUCCAGAGGAAAGAGCACUAAACUUUUCAGAAUUUUUCUCAAUAGUUAAAAUGUUUUUAACACCCCCGUCCCUCCCAUUCCGUGCUGUUAACCUGAAUACGUAACGAUUUGCCGUUGUCACUACAUGACCAUUCUGGGCAGUUAGCAGGAAGGUGCCCUUACCCUGAUUAGACCAGUGACUCCAUGAAUACAUAGUGUCCUUGCAUGGACUGGAUGGGCUGAAGGGCCUAUGACUCUAUGGUUACACAGGGAUUAACUACAGUUACAGAGCAUCACCUGAACUAGGCACCCAGGACAGUAAGAUUUGUCACCGUGUUGAUCGGAUUGUAUCACCACAACUGCUGUUGUGACCAGCACUUUAACCCUCCCACGCCUUGCUGACCAGAACUCUGUCCAGUUGCACAACGAAUGGUUUUAACCAGCCCCUUUUAAUCUUUGUCCCACUGAACUGGAACUCUGAAUGGUUAAAGAAGCAAUUGGUACGGAGGCUCUGGGGUCUUGUCUGGUACCAAAACGAUAGUGUUGGUUCUUACCAUUUAUUUUCUGUACCCACUUGUAUUGUAUAGUUCAAAUAUCAUAAAAUCUAGAUUAUAAUUCGCA